UUCAUCAGAAAAGGCCCUCCCGGCCGAUCCGAUCCACCGGAUCGGCCACCCAUUUCGCCACGGUGGUAUAACGGAAGCCGGCCAACAAGAUGAUUUGCUGCUGCGGUGGCGCGGAGGAGGACACGUUCGCCGCACCUGCCAGCCGUCACCCAGCAGCACCCACGUCGCGAAACAAUGCAGGCCCCGGCAAGCCAAGAGGGCCCAAUGCGCCGAGGAGCGGCGGCCCACCGAAGGUCCUCCCCGUCGACGUGCCGGCCAUUUCCAUGGGCGAGCUGAACAACAUCACGGGCAAUUUCGGGCAGAAAGCCCUGAUCGGGGAAGGCUCCUACGGCAAAAUCUACAAGGCCGUGCUGAUAUCCGGGGAGCUCGUCGCCAUCAAGAAGCUCGACCCCAGCGUGUCCAGCGACUCCCUCGCGGACUUCUCCGCUCAGCUGUCGAUGGUCUCGAGGCUGAAGAACGAGUACUUCCUCCAGCUGUUGGGCUACUACCUGGACGACAGCCACAGGAUCCUCGUCUACCAGUUCGCCUCACACGGCUCCCUUCACGACGCUCUGCACGGCAAGAAGGGCGUCAAGGACGCGGCGCCGGGACCGGUGCUGAGCUGGGCGGAGCGGGUGAAGAUCGCGUACGGCGCGGCGAGGGGCCUCGAGUACCUGCACGAGAAAGUGCAGCCGUCCAUCGUGCACCGCGACGUGCGCUCCAGCAACGUCCUCCUCUUCGACGGCUACGACUCCAAGAUCGCCGACUUCAACCUCACCAGCCAGCCGCCCGACGGCGCCGCGCGCCUGCACUCCACGCGCGUCCUGGGCACCUUCGGCUACCAUGCUCCCGAGUACGCGAUGACAGGAGUCUUGACGCACAAGAGCGAUGUGUAUAGCUUCGGAGUGGUUCUCCUAGAGCUACUCACCGGCAGGAAGCCCGUGGACCACACCAUGCCCAAGGGACAGCAAAGUCUAGUAACUUGGGCGACGCCGAGGCUGAGCGAGGACAAGGUGAAGCAAUGCGUGGACCCGAAGCUGGGGGACGAUUAUCCUCCAAAGGCAGUAGCGAAGAUGGCGGCGGUGGCGGCGUUGUGCGUGCAGUACGAGUCCGAUUUCCGGCCGAACAUGACCAUCGUGGUGAAGGCGCUGCAGCCUCUUGUCAACAAGGCAGCCGCAGCCACAGCUGGGGGCCCUAGCAGUACAUGAUAGAUGAUACACAACCAUCUCUCCAGCACUACUCAAAAUCUGUUCUUUGUUUAACGGUCACCUGCGUACGCGCAUCUUCAGUGGUUGCAAUGUAACAUGUACUAACUGAUCAAUCUGCAAAGGAUUCAAGUGUUCAUCAUCCUUUGGGCCAAUUCAGGGAAUUCGUCAAUUCAUAG